AUGAUGAGCUCCCCGCGAGAUCCAACGGCGCGGCUUCGCGCCGGCUUAAAUCCUCUUCACACGACAUCGCUAGGCGGAUUUCAUGGCCACAACCCGAACCACACGCCGGUGUCGGCAUUGUCAGUGAGUUCUCAUGGCGCCUUCUCGUCCGGCCAAACCCCCCUGAGCGCCAUCCAGCCAUACAAUCCGCAGCAAUGGAUCUCUUCGCCCGUCGCCGGACCGGUUCCGGAUCGAAUGCAGCACAUUCAGGCUGCCCAGUCUUACCAAGAGCCUCAAACGUCGCCGUUACCUCCCCCGCCCUACUCUCCUCCCCGCAGCGGGCGACCUAUGAGUAUGGUAUUCGACCAAACCCAGGUAGCCAACGUGUCCGUUGCUAGAGCCCCGCCGCCGCCAAUACAGAGGGUUGCCACGGAACCACCUGUCGCAAACACAUCGUUUCCUCCCCCUCCCGCAAUGAGAGGUGCUUCGCGUGAGAGACGUUUUGGGCUCCCAUCGUUAGGGAGGAGGCGAGAGGCGGAACAAGCAAGCCCCCCUAUGGAGCCACCACCGCAAACCAGGUCGUUUAGUAUGCUGUCGCGUAGUGUUGCUAGCCACCCGGGGCCAUUGACGCUUCAGAUACCGCAAAGAACCGACUCGGAUUCCUCUCAGAACAUGGCGCCGGGGGCACGACGAGCGGCUUCAACCCCGGCCGUUUCCACACCGACGUCGGCUCGAUCGCGGUCCUCAUCGCAAGUGAGGUGGGAUCCGGCCAUGCCCGUACCACCACCUCCACCUGGCCCGCCGCCAUCGACGGCGAGGUCUCAGAGUGUUCAGCGAAUGCCGUCCGGAAACGAGCCGAUCGUGUCGCCGCCGACCCGACGACCACCGCCCGGAGGGAUCGCUGCUUUGGGCCCGGUGCCGUUAACGCCGGCAAACUGGAGAGACGGCGAUAGCAUGCCGGGUCCUAGCUCGCUAUCCACUGAGCAAUCACAUACUACGGCUGUGCAUGCUGGUGCUGAGGUUGCAAGUCCUGAGAGCCCUGUGGCGAGCCCACCUCCCGAAUCUAGUUCUUCGGGGAGCCCAGCUGGAGGGUUGACGAGGAGUCCGGCCCGGAGGAGUGAGAGUAGGACAAGAGGUACUACUCGUAGCUCGAUCGAUACUUCGGCAAAACCACAACCCCUCUCCGAUAUUGUGAUUCCGGGCCCGCCCGGGCCACUGCAGAGACGAUUGACGAUCAGCCGCGGGACACCGCGAACAGGCAGAGGGGGAGAUACCCCCAGAACGGGCGAGUCGAUGGAGAGCGGCCAAGAGUCGCGAACGCCACGGGCAGACGGAUCAGCACAGGUCUUAUCAGGACAGGUAACACCCACCAUGAUGUCACCGAGCGCCGGGAAACAGCCGGAGCGCCAUGUUCUUGCGCCGAAGGCACUUCCCACACCGCCUACAGGAAGCCGAUCCUCUUCAUCGCAUCGGGGGAUGAGCACUGGGCCCUUGAGCGCCCCGCAGUCGCCCUCACCAUUCUUGACUAAACAUGUAGUCGUUACUCAAAGCACCGAUCAAUUUGCGCGGGGCACCAUCGAGCGCUUUGCGGCUUUCGCUCGAAACGAGGCGACGGCACCAAAUGAUGCCGAACGGGUUCGGUUGUUCGCCGAAUUCUUCGUGAGCGAGUCGAGGAUACGACGGGAGCGGUAUGGGGCGGCGAUCGGGGCUAUGGGAUCGGAGAUUCUGGACCUGACGCGUGAUCUGUUCCGGCCGAUGCCUGCCAGACGAGAGUCCACCAACUCGGUUACAAGCGGGACCGUGGAACUAACACCACAGUCAUCCGAGCCCCGAUCACACCGGGGUUCUAUCGGGUCUGCUCUGGGCGGAAACACGCCGACAUCCAGCCAACCAGCACCACCGUCACCGAGCCCGUCUGCCAACCAGAACUGGCAGUCCUCGAACUUCAUGCCGUCCUUGUCGCCGAUUCUGAGCAUGAGUGUCAGCGACGCACUUGACGAGGAGGAUUCUCGCGGCCGCCCCGCAAGUCGCUGGUGGGAAGCGGACUCGACUGGAGCCCCUGGAGGCAGGAUGGAAAGGUCAAAGCGGGAGUCCAAAUACAUGGGCGUUCCGAAGGAGGCCCGGGAGGCGCUGCAAUGGGUUGACGACGAGCCCCAACCAUCACCCGGCGCGGGGUCGAGCAAGCGCGAGUCUUAUCCUCUGGAGAAGUCAGGAUGGCACGACCAGGACCCAGUCACUACCCCCCAGGCCUUUUCUCGCAGUUCACUCGCCUCAUCCUCGACCCCAGCGACGCCAAAUCCGGCGCAUCUCGAUGUCUCUCGCCUUGUGACACUGCCGCCCCCGUACCCGCGCCACCAUCCAGCCGUGAACAACAACCACCCCGAACUGGCCCAGACCCGUAGCGAGGUCCGAGUGAUCAGCGACAUGACGGAAGUCGACGGGAUCAAAGAAGUCUUCAAAUUGACCAGUGCUAAGAUGCGAGCCGAAGCCGGCGAGACGGAGAAGAAGCGGCGCCAGGCCCUCCGCCAACACCUCCAACAACAAAUCUCGUCCGGCGCCAUGGGCUACGCCGAAGCGGCCGCCGCGGAAGCCGACGCGAAAACAGACGAACAAAGCCACCUCAAAGACCUGGAAAAGAAAGACUUUGACGAGUUCCAAGCAGCCGUAGUCAUGCCGGUGAACGAGAUCCUCCAGACGCGCAUCAACGGGGCGACCAACCUGUUCCAGUCGCUCCGCAGCCGGCUCUUCGACGAGACGCACGAGUCCAACCCCAACCUGCCGCAGGAGGAGGGCGACGAGCAGCCGGAGCUGCUCGAGAAGCUGACGCUGCUCAAGUGGAUCUUCGAGGCGCGCGAGGCGCUGCACCGCAGCCUGUACGACCUGCUCUCGGAGCGCAACGACCGCUACCGCGACAUGGUGCUGGUGCCGUACCGGGUGGCCGGGCAGGAGGACAAGGUGGCGUCGGCCGAGGCCUUCUUCGUCGAGGACGCGGCCAAGCGCGCGCAGGCCUACGCCGAGGAGGUGCUGCACCGCACGCAGGAGUUCCGCGACGUGGUGGAGGAGACGGUGGCGCGCGGGGUCGAGGUCCAGUUGAAUGCGUUUUGGGACAUCGCGCCCGACCUCAAGCGCCUGCUCGACAAGAUCCCCGGCGGCGACCUCGACGGCUUCCACAUCCAGAUCCCCGCCGCCGAGUUCGGCGAGAACCCGGCCUACCUCGACCACCCGCUGCAGUACCUCUUCAGCCUGCUGCUGCACGCCGAGAAGAGCACCUACCAGUUCAUCGAGAGCCAGACCAACUUGCUCUGUUUGUUGCACGAGGUCCGUGAGGCUUGCGUUUCGGCCAAGGUCAAGGCCAUGGAGCACGACCGCCGCGACCCGAGCCGUGUCGAGGAGAUGAAGGCCCAGGAGGCCCGCCGCCUGACCGAGGACCUGAAGGAGAAGGUACGGGUUGUGCAGGACCAGUGGAACAGCGCGCUGGGGGAGACGGUGGGGAAUGUGAAGGAGAGGGUGGGCGGCUGGUUGCUGGAGACCGGGGGCUGGGAUGAGAGCUUUGAGGAGGGCGGUGUUGGUGGUGUUUAA